ACAUUAAUACAUCCAGUGAAAUAUCUGGCUCAUUGUUCUGUCUGUCUGGUGCUUUCAUGACAACUGGGAACUCGGACAAAUACGAGUUCAAAUCAUUACCUCUGUGAUCUUCAGGUCGGAAACUCUGAGCUCGAGAAAGAGGCCCGAGUUUCCAAGCUGGAAUUUCGAGUUGGGUGGCCAUUCAAAAUAAAUUUCAGUCGGAGCUCGUUUUUUCGGGAGUUCUCAGUUGUUGUGAACGCGGCAGUACCCUCCACUCGACUCUCGCUGCGCGACGAACGUAAUAAAUGUGGGCACCAGGCAGGCGCGCACUGUAUUUAUAGCUUCUCCUUUAUUGUUUACAAGUAGCCUAGCUAGCUACUCCACGACGUGCCUCUUUUGUUGAUUCAUUUAAGUAAACAUGUAUGAUGUGGCUCAUUUAAAGGAAGAUACAUGCAGAUUUGUUUGAAGAUAGGUGAAGUUAGGAAACGUCAAGUGUUUGUGUAGACACGGUGAAGAUUGAGGACGAGAUGGAAGAUGGUACACCUGCAGGACUAUCUGUGGGAAUUGCUGACGAUGCUCCCUCAAGCUCAUCAGCAGCAUCAACACGAAAGAGGAAGUCUGAUGUGCUCAGAGAUGCUAAGCCCAAGAAGAAAAAGAAGGCCAAAGUCAGCCGCCCCCCAAGGCUUGGCUACACUGUUGAACAAGGAGAGGAUAUGCUUCUGAUCAUAUCGAAUACAAAUCAGUAUGAUAACAUAUGGCGGCCGAACACUAAAGGAAGAAAGAAAAAGAAAAUCCUUAAAGGAAAAGCCAAAGUCACUCCAGCAAAGAAGCAGAAUACGGUUCUUCCAAAGGGUAAAGCCACAAAGAAGCCACUGAUCAAGAAAGGUGAACUGGAGCCCACACUGCAACACCACCAAGAGGAGGGCUUUGACAGCUGGGGUCAGAACCUACCAGUGGAAGUGUUAGUUAAUAUUUUCAAGAUGGUAGUUCACCAAGAUGGUGCAGUACCAUUCCUGUGCAGGGUGGCUAAGGUGUGCCACCUAUGGAAUGCAGCUGCAGCCAGUCCUGCUCUGUGGCGCAGUGUGUCUGUGGGUUACUGCUGGUUGGAACCUGGUAAAACCCACUUACCUAAAACUGUACUGAAGAUCAGGAACACUGUAAGUUGGCUUGCACAGAACAGAUUCUCUCAAUUAAGAGACUUUUCUCUUAAUCACUGGAAAAAUAAUGUUGACCAUGUUGUGGAGGUUUUGUCCCAGUCCUGCCCCCAUCUCCGCUCACUCAAGCUGUCAUACUGUACAGGCGUGACUGAGAAGGCCUUUCAGAGCCUCAGUGGCAGCUGCCGGUCCCUGGAUAGCAUUAACGUCCAGUACUCUGAGAUACAGGUUGAAGGGCUUGUCACCUUCUUGGAAUCCUAUGGCAGUCAACUUAGACAGAUUCUGUUCACCCAUGGGCCCAGGAAUGACCGACUUCUCACUGCUAUCUCCAGAGGAUGCUGCCCUGAGUUGCAAUUGCUGGAAAUAAACACAAAGCUGGACAGUGGAUAUUGCCAGCUUCCAAUCUGCAUCCAAGCUUUGCAAAAUGGCUGUCCUAAACUGCAGACUUUUCGGAUGCUGAAUGUCAUUCCGAUGCCUAAAAUGACUCGUAAUGGGUCGGGUUCCACAUCUGGCUUCCCUUUACUGGAGGAGCUGUGUAUGGCCACUACAGCUGUUUCCUUUAUGACUGACCAAGACUUGACUAAGAUUGUCUACGACUCCCCUAAACUGCGUGUGCUGGACCUGAGAGGUUGUUCCCGGAUCACAGCAGCCGGGCUCUCUUCUCUACCAUGUGAAGACUCCAACCUCCCCACAAUGGGCAAGACCAGAGAUUUGUGUAAGGACAUCAGGGAUAAAAUUGUAGACCUGCACAAGGCUGGGAUGGACUACAGGACAACAGGCAAGCAGCUUGGUGAGAAGGCAACAACUGUUGGCGCAAUUAUUAGAAAAUGGAAGAAAUUCAAGAUGAUGGUCAAUCACCCUCGGUCUGGGGCUCCAUGCAAGAUCUCACCUCGUGGGGCAUCAAUGAUCAGGAGGAAGGUGCGGGAUCAGCCCAGAACUACACGGCAGGACCUGGUCAAUGACCUGAAGAGAGCUGGGACCACAGUCUCAAAGAAAACCAUUAGUAACACACUACGCAGUCAUGGAUUAAAAUCCUGCAGCUCACGCAAGGUCCCCCUGCUCAAGCCAGCGCAUGUCCAGGCCCGUCUGAAGUUUGCCAAUGACAAUCUGGAUGAUCCAGAGGAGGAAUGGGAGGUCAUGUGGUCUGAUAAGACAAAAAUAGAGCUUUUUGGUCUAAACUCCACUCGCGGUGUUUGGAGGAAGAAGAAGGAUGAGUACAACCCCAAGAACACCAUCCCAACCGUGAAGCAUGGAGGUGGAAACAUCAUUCUUUGGGGAUGCUUUUAUGCAAAGGGAACAGGACAACUGCUCCGUAUUGAGGGGAGGAUGGAUGGGGCCAUGUAUUGCGAGAUCUUGGCCAACAACCUCCUUCCCUCAGUAAGAGCAUUGAAGAUGGGUCGUGGCUAGGUCUUCCAGCAUGACAACGACCCGAAACGCACAGACAGGGCAACUAAGAAGUGGCUCUGUAAGAAGCAUCUCAAGGUCCUGGAGUGGCCUAGCCAGUCUCCAGACCUGAACCCAAUAGAAAAUCUUUGGAGGGAGCUGAAAGUCUGUAUUGUCCAGCGACAGCCCUGAAACCUGAAGGUCUGUAUGGAGGAGUGGGCCAAAAUCCCUGCUGCAGUAUUUGCAAACCUGGUCAAGAACUACAGGAAAAGUAUGAUCUCUGUAAUUGCAAACAGAGGUUUCUGUACCAAAUAUUAAGUUCUCCUUUUCUGAUGUAUCAAAUACUUAAAAAUCAUACGUGAUUUUCUGGAUUUUUGUUUUAGAUUCUGUCUCUCACAGUUGAAGUGUACCUAUGAUAAAAAAAAUUACAGACCUCUACAUGCUUUGUAAGUUGGAAAACCUGCAAAAUCGGCAGUGUAUCAAAUACCUGUUCUCCCCACUGUAUCAAUAAUUACAUUGGUUCAUGUCAAUGUUGUAAACUCAUAUGCUUCAAAUAUCAAUGAUUACAUAGGUUCAUGAUAACAUUGAUUAUGAUUUAUGCUACUAUAUUCUCUGCUGUGUUUUU